AUGCAGCGAGGGGGUUUUAGCCCCCGUGGUCAUAUCUCUUUCUUGACCCGCGACAAGGACUCGUCAGAAGGUGGAAAGGAAAAGAAGGACAAGGACAAGGACAAGGACAAGGACAAGACCAAGUCGCCUUCUUCCUCCUCGUCGGGAGGCAGUUGGCUCGCACGUCGUCGCGCUUCUUCUUCCGCAGCCCGCGAGCGUGACAAGGAGACCUCCAUCGAACGAACCCAGUCAUCUCCUCCGUCGGCCCAUAAAUCCCCUGCAAAGUCAAAGAAGCAGCUUGACCUUGAAGAGGACGCCGCAGACGCGUACGAGGGCGGUCAUGCGGCGCAUGGUGCUUUUGGUGCAUUUUUGCAGGCUCACUCAAAGGUGGAGCAGGAACAGACGGAGGGCUGGAUCGUCACCCGUGAUCACGUAGCCCAAGCACUAUCCUCCAUCCUCCCACCCACCACACUCGCAUCUCUCCCCUCUGCCCCUCACCUUCUUCCCUCCCUCUCCCCCUCCUCCAUCUCACCCCCGCAUCACCACUACACAUCGAUCUCUACCUCCCACCCCCACCUCUCCUCCAUAGCCCACACCGCAGCUGAUAUCACCCACGAGGCACUGUCGUUGGGCGCUGAUGCGUUGAAGUUUGCGCCUAUCCCUGGUUUGGAGGAGGCUGCCAAGGCGUUGCUGGCGGUGUGGGAGGGGGUUCAGAUGGUUGAUAUGAACCGACUGGCAUGUUUGCGCAUCACCUCCCGCUGUGCGACGCUCUUGUUCAGUGUACGAGAGGAGGUGUACGAAGCUGGAGAUAUUGUGGGGGAGGAGUUGAGGGGGCCUGUGGGUGCGCUUGUUGAUGCGCUUCACUACAUCCACGAAUUCCUCUCUCGCCAGCUCCACCGCCCCUUUCUGAAGCGCUACUUAAAGAGGGAUGAGAUUCUGCAGGAGAUUGCGGCGUGUGAUAGGGUGCUGGGAGAUGUAAUUGGGUUAUUUGGGAUAUCAAUCCAAACGCGAAUUCUGAAGCAGGUGAUGAAGGCUGCUGAGGAGCAGAGGAGAUGGGCGGCUGCGUGGGGUGUGCCGGUUGUGAGUGGUAUACAAGGACAACCAUUCGACCCGCGUCAGCGUCUGCUACUCCCCGAAAGUCAACAGGCACAGCAGUAUGAACAGGGACAAGGCGGAGGCUCGUUACUAUUCGGCGUCGAUACCCCUGUCAUCGUCACCACCGAUCACGAACGCGACCCCAGUCAUGAGCAGAUGUCGAUGCCGAUGUCCCCGCCGCCCGUGUACAGCCAGAACGCGUCGGGGGAGUCUUCAGUGACACCGAGGCCAGGGCCUGCGGCACAGUUUCCAGGUAUUCCAAACGAAGGUUUCACCGCACCCGAGCUCGAGCCCCUCGCGCAUCUCGAACACCUUCGCACGACUCAGAACUUGUACGACGCCGCGCGGGACACUGCCGAUUUGCGCGCGCUGUUGCGGGAGGCAUUGAGUGCUGAGAGCGAUGCUGGGAUGAUUGAGAGGUUGCAGGUGGGGAGGAGUGAGAUGCCAGAGGCGAUCAGGACGUUGAGGAGAGUGUUGGAAGCGGGCGAAGGGGAGGGCGAGGGCACUAUUGGGGCCAUUGCAGUGGCAGAGGGAGCUGAACCCCGCAGCGUCGACGUAGCCGUAGGCGUGGAUGCGAGUGUGGAGAGGAGUGCGUCGAUGAGAAGGCCCCGGGGGGACACGCUCGAUAGGGAGUUUAUGGAGAGUGGGAUUGAUGCGAUGACGAGGUUGAGCACUGUUGGCGUGUAUAGUGGGACUGGGGGUGUGGGCAGGGUGGAUGAGGUUGGGUGGGAUUUGCCUAGUUGGACGAUUACGCGUUACGAAGUCGACCGUGUUCAAAAAAUUGGUCUCGGCUUCUUCUCAGACGUCUAUCUGGGACAGUGGCGCAAUCAUGUCGUAGCCAUCAAGGUCUUGUCGCCCGCUACACCCCGCUCACUGUUCAUCCGCGAGAUUUCAAUCUGGAAAGACCUGAAGCACAGCAACGUGCUGAGGUUGUACGGAGCUAGCAGCGCUGCGGGCGAUCCGCCGUGGUUCUUUGUCAGUCGGUACUGUAAAGGCGGGAGUCUGGUUGGGUGGUUGAAGGCGAGGAGGGUUGUAGCGGGGUCGUCUGUAAGUCUCGGUGCCAGUCCUACCGGAGGCGUAGGGCUUGGGAUGAUUCCAAGCGUGGGGAUGGGAAGAGGGAGAGUGGUUAGUACUGGGAGCCUCAAGAGCCCUGGAGGAGGUGGAGGGAACGGGGGUGGGUCGGACGAGGUUGAUUUGGUGAGGUGUAUGCAUCAGAUUGCGAAAGGGAUGGAGUAUCUGCACUCGAGGGGUGUGUUGCAUGGUGACCUCAAGGCUUCGAACGUGCUCGUUGAUGAGAGUGGACGGUUGAGUGGGACGCCUUUGCCUCAUGGGACUCUGCGCUGGCAAGCCCCUGAGCUACUUGAAGGUGAAAAUAGGCUCACGACGGGUGUUGAUGUGUACGCGUUCGCUAUUUGCUGCGUUGAGAUAUUGGGCAUGGGCGAUCUUCCCUGGGCUCAUAUCGACGAUGCCAUGGUUGCCCAUCUCGUCAUGUCCGAAAACAAACGUCCGAUACUGCCCAUCACGCGGUACACCACAUCUACCGCGCCGCUCAUUAACGCAGCCUGGGUCCGUGACCCAAAGCUGCGUCCGGUGUUUGGGAGAAUCGCGAGUCAGCUCAAGGCGCUGCGCAGGAGACCGGAGGAGAGUCCUCGUCCGGCUACGUUGGAGGUGUGGGCGGAUUUGCCGACAAGGCUGCGCGAGUCUCCUGAUUUGCGUCCCAAGAUGGGGUUGCCUGAUGUUCAGACUGGAGUUCCUCCUCCAGAACCAGCUAUUUCGGACCAAGAAUCGCCGCAUUCUUCCGGUGAAUCUGACAAGUCUUACAAGACCGCAUCGGAGAUAAUGAACGAAGGCGAGGAGCAAGACGACACCAUGCCUCAAGACUCGCCAUCAUCCUCAUCAGACCAUAGCCACCCCAUACCCUUCCACCCGAUCAUACACUCCCCGCGGCGUCGCCGGCACUCGCUCCCCGAGUCAGAGGAGGAUGUGGAGACGAGUGCGAUGGAUAUGCCCCAGCCUGUGAUUUACACGCCGUCCCCCUCUGCGCCUGCAUCGCUCUCGAGCAGCCGUUCGUCCUCACUGUUCACGUCGAGUCCGCAUGCAAGUAUGGAAGAUCUGCAUGUGGGGAUAGAUGCGAUGGGCCGACGGCUGUCGGGCAUGACGUUGGGCGGUGCGGUGGGAGCAGGAGUGGAUUAUGCGGGGUAUGAUUCGCCGCCGCCUCUUGAUGAGAGACUUGCAGAGUCGAGGAAUGAAAGGCGAUAUCGGUUAUUGGCGAAGAGCACGCACGAGUUCCAUCAUUCCUUGACUUUACCGCUCUGGGCCCCUAGUCACGUUGCGCUUGGCGCCGUGGGGUAUUUGUCAAAGCCUAACGGAGAGUUUGUGACGUUGUUCAACUCGCUGAAUCCUGUCAAGACGUCGAAUGGCGUUCUCAAGGAUAUGCCUUCUUUGUACGGCUACGGUCGUGUCUCCACUGGUAACCAGCGGUCUGACAAACGUAACGCGGCCCAGAGGGGAUUUUUGGAUGCAUUGGCUGGAUUUUUGACGUUCAAGCUGAAAGGGGAUCGGUCUUACUCUGAGAGUGUCAGUCGGCGGUACUCGUUCCCACUGCGGGCCGGACAUAAGACGGCCCAUAUCUGCGCAGAGACGACGAUGUAUUAUUACAUUGAGAACUUGGAUGCCCCCAAGAAAUGGUUCAAGGCCAAUGUAGAUUCUAUCAUGCAGCACUACGGACCACAUCAUCCCAUUCAGAAGGAGGAUUUAUUCUUGGUGAUAGGAACAUUGGAUGCCCCUGAUUACGCGUUGUUCGUCAGCCAUAGCCAUCCGGAUGGUCAGGCCCAUUUCAACGUCUUUUCGAAUCCCAAGAACGGUCGUGACUGGGGCACAUUUACUACGGAUACCGAGUUCCCCCGAGACUAUGGGGGACCGUCAUACCCCGAGGAAAUUCCAGGUAAAGCAUUAUCAGCUAGCAAGAUCUCGAGGAUUGGACCCAAAAACAAAUGGGAUACGCUUUUAUUAGCUCGACUGCGGUUUAAACCUGACAUUGACGAGCCUACUUCUCUAUGAUACUACUAUAUAUACAUACAUAUUUUGGACGAUAGGACAUGUGGAUUGAAGUGAUCUUAUCGUCUUGUACUUUUUUUUAUCAUCUUGCGGACCUUUUUUCUUUUUAUUCUUGCCAAAUCUCACUGGACCACUUUUCUGUUUCAUCACCAUUUGUCCUAUCUUAUUUGAUUCGCUGCUCUUGUUUCUUGACAUCUUGCCUUGUUGAAGAAGUGGAUUUGUAUCCCUCCAUUUUGUAUUUGGUACGUUUGCAUUUAGCAAGG